AUGGCUCCUCAGCACUCGGGUGAUGUCUUGACCCCUCUCCUCGGCGCCUUGAAUCUUCAAGCACAGCGUCCAAAAUACCCUUUUGUGUUUCUCCCGGAUCAGAUGCCUCAGAUACCGCAGAUACCUCAGGUGCCAUAUAUGUACCCAAAUGUUCUUCCAUACCCUACCCUUCCUUAUCUGGUGAACUGUAAUGAGGAGCAGAAGAACGAAAGCCUCAGCCUUCCUUUUCAGAUGAUGAAAACUCCCAACGGUUACAUCCUCCAAGACCUGGAGAGUCUGACACAGCAGGAUCCCCCGAUUCCACGGGCAGUGCCUGCAAUGUGGACCAAUCCGUCCGAUCUUACCCUCGCCAAAUGCCUCGAGAAUCGUGAGGGUAUUACCAAUGUUUACAUCCGAGGUUUCCUGCCGGAGACGACCGAUGAGAUGCUCUACGCAUAUGCAUCCCGCUUCGGAAAGAUUGAUCGUUGCAAGGCGAUCGUGGAUUUGGAUACGGGCCUUUGCAAAGGAAGCGGUAGCUUUGGCUUCGUGCAAUACUACAACUUCGAAUCCUGCGAGAAUUGCAUUCGGGGUUUCUUCUAUCUUGGUUAUCAAGCCAGCUUUGCUCAGAAAUCUCGUAACUCGCGCCUCAAGGAUCUGGAAGACAAAACAUCCACCAAUAUCUACUGCACCAACAUUCCGAACGACUGGACUGAAGCGGUGAGCCAACUGAUCUUCCCAUCGUUAUUGGGUUAA